UGCUUUAGAAAAGCAACUUCAGAGAAGACAUGGGAAGGCAAUGAUUUGGGGGUUGGCUAAGAUUUCCCCCCACUUCAGGCACUGGAAUUCUGCAGUCAGCCAGCCCUUUCUGGUGGUGGAUGGGGGCAUGCUUCCCGAACCCACCCGGUUUGGGAAGCCAACCCAGUCCUCGUGGUGUGACAUCCAGUGUGACAGAAAGACUGGAAGGAAAGAAAAAGGAGAUCCUCUAAACAUUGCAAUUGAUAAGAUGACCAAGAAAACAAGAGAUCUAAGGAGACAGCUUCGAAAAGCAGUGAUGGAUCACAUAUCUGAUUCUUUCUUGGAAACCAACGUCCCUUUGCUAGUUCUCAUUGAGGCUGCAAAGAGUGGGAAUGAAAAGGAAGUGAAAGAAUAUGCCCAGGUUUUCCGUGAACAUGCCAACAAACUGGUGGAGGUUGCCAAUUUGGCCUGUUCCAUCUCCAACAAUGAGGAAGGGGUGAAAUUAGUCCGGAUGGCAGCCACCCAGAUUGACAGCCUGUGUCCCCAGGUCAUCAAUGCUGCUCUCACACUGGCUGCCCGACCACAGAGCAAAGUCGCUCAGGAUAACAUGGACGUCUUCAAGGACCAGUGGGAGAAGCAGGUCCGAGUGCUAACAGAGGCUGUGGACGACAUCACCUCAGUGGAUGACUUCCUCUCUGUCUCAGAAAACCAUAUCUUGGAAGAUGUGAACAAGUGCGUGAUAGCCCUCCAAGAGGGGGAUGUGGACACUCUGGAUCGGACUGCGGGAGCCAUCAGGGGCCGGGCAGCUCGAGUCAUACACAUCAUCAAUGCUGAGAUGGAGAACUAUGAAGCUGGGGUUUAUACUGAAAAAGUUCUGGAAGCUACAAAAUUGCUUUCUGAGACAGUGAUGCCACGCUUUGCUGAACAAGUAGAGGUUGCCAUUGAAGCCCUGAGUGCCAACGUCCCUCAACCAUUUGAGGAGAAUGAGUUCAUCGAUGCCUCUCGCCUGGUGUAUGAUGGUGUCCGGGACAUCAGAAAGGCUGUGCUGAUGAUCAGGACUCCAGAAGAACUAGAGGAUGAUUCUGACUUCGAGCAGGAAGAUUAUGAUGUGCGCAGCCGGACAAGUGUUCAGACUGAGGACGACCAGCUCAUUGCAGGGCAGAGUGCACGGGCCAUCAUGGCACAACUACCGCAGGAGGAGAAGGCAAAAAUAGCUGAGCAGGUGGAGAUAUUCCACCAAGAGAAAAGCAAGCUGGAUGCUGAAGUGGCCAAGUGGGACGACAGCGGCAAUGAUAUCAUUGUGCUGGCCAAGCAGAUGUGUAUGAUCAUGAUGGAAAUGACAGACUUCACAAGAGGCAAAGGCCCAUUGAAAAAUACAUCUGAUGUCAUUAAUGCUGCCAAGAAAAUUGCCGAAGCAGGUUCUCGAAUGGACAAAUUAGCCCGCGCUGUGGCUGAUCAGUGUCCUGAUUCAGCAUGUAAGCAGGAUUUAUUAGCCUACCUUCAACGAAUUGCCUUGUAUUGCCAUCAACUUAACAUCUGCAGCAAGGUGAAGGCAGAAGUACAGAAUCUGGGAGGAGAGCUCAUUGUGUCGGGGACAGGAGUUCAGAGCACUUUCACUACCUUUUAUGAGGUAGAUUGUGAUGUCAUAGAUGGGGGCAGGGCUAGUCAACUUUCUACCCACCUCCCAACCUGUGCUGAGGGAGCUCCGAUCGGGAGUGGAAGCAGUGAUUCCUCUAUGCUGGACAGUGCCACAUCACUUAUCCAGGCAGCUAAAAACCUGAUGAAUGCUGUUGUCCUCACGGUGAAAGCAUCCUAUGUGGCCUCAACCAAAUACCAGAAGGUCUACGGGACAGCAGCUGUCAACUCACCUGUUGUGUCUUGGAAGAUGAAAGCUCCAGAGAAGAAGCCUCUUGUGAAGAGAGAAAAGCCUGAAGAAUUCCAGACACGAGUUAGACGAGGUUCUCAGAAGAAACACAUUUCGCCUGUACAGGCUUUAAGUGAAUUCAAAGCAAUGGAUUCCUUCUAGGACGAUAGGCUUUAACAAGAAAGCUUUUUCUGUUUUUUUUUUUUUUUCUUUCUUUUUUCCUUUUAAUUCCAUUUUUGUAUGCAUACCUGCUGACUUGUGUGCCUCUGGCAUGGGGAAAUCAAGGGAACAGUGUCUGUCUGCAUGUAAGAUGAGAUGUGAUCAAUACUACUGAUCCAUCUGUAGCCUGGGAAGGGGACAGGGGAUUCCUGUCCUGAGGUGGCACAGAGCUGUCCUUGGCAACAUUCUCAUUAAAUUGGGCAAAGAGUUCGCAUUGGCGCAAUGUUCAUGGGAGUGGGAGGGAUGGGGAAAAUAAACUUAACUCUACAAAAGCAAACUCUAAUGCAUGCAAGAAUCAUUAGGUUGGCAGGUAUAGUCAUAAGUGAAAAAUCUGGAAAUGUAAUGGUAGAACAUAAAACUUGUAUUGCUUCUGUUUCAGUGCAAAAACGUACUAUCCAAUACGCUUAAAUGUGUGGCCCAGAAAUUGAACAAUUUAACUUUGAAGUCAUAUCCAUGAUAUUAUAUGAAUUUUUAACUGGGUGGGGGGUGAAACUAACUUAACUAGGUCCAGCCUAAAAUGCUUCCUUUAAUCUGCAUUCUGUUUUCUAGUUGUACCAUUACUAGUGAUCAUGUUAUUUUUUUCCCCUUUACUGAAAACAACAAACAUCUAUUUGAGACAAUUAAAGUCUUUCUGGGGGCACUGGAAGCACAAUAUGAUGAUCGAUUUUGCUUUUGCCUUUUUUUUUUAAAUUAAAAUUUGAACUAUGAUUUUGCUAGAAAUAGAAGGCCCAGUGGUGGAAUUUUAGAGGAAUGGAAAUUGACAAUGUGUGAAGGUUUAGAGGCAAAUACAUAGGUGUAGCUUGGAGUGCUGGUAUCUAAUAUACCAUUGUAUCCACUAACUCAAAAUAAACACAUUUAAUCUUGACAU